AUGGCUACUUUAAAUCAAGUGAUUAAAAAGUGUCGUAAAACAAAAGUAAAGAUGAGUAAGGCACCAGCACUUGAAGGUUGUUAUCAACGUAAAGGUGUUUGUAACAAAGUAUACACCACCAAACCCAAGAAGCCUAAUUCAGCUGUCAGAAAGGUUGCGAGAGUAAAGUUGACUAACGGUAAGGUGGUUACUGCCUAUAUUCCUGGUGAGGGUCACAAUUUACAAGAGCAUUCCGUUGUGUUGGUUCGUGGUGGUCGUGUUCCUGAUCUUCCUGGUGUGCGUUACCAUCUUGUACGUGGUGCUUUAGAUCUUCAAGGUGUUGCUACCAGAACAACCAGUAGAUCCAAAUACGGAACCAAGAAGCCUACCAAGAACUAG